AUGCAAACCACCGACGGCUCGGACGAUGAUUUCGUCUACGACGACCCGGACGUGCGCUACGACACCGACGUCGCGCUCGAAGCCUUACGAGUCUUCGUAAAGUCCGCCCUAGAUGGGUCGUCGGAGAGCACGUCGCGGUACUACGAGUUGUUGGACGCGUGCGGGCGAGCGACGACGUCGACGGACGAGGCGGACGGCGCCGCGGCGUUGUUAGACGCCCUUAGUGGGCACGCGACGAUGAUCGACGAGCGGAAGCACGAGCAGUUGGUUUCCAUGGCGUUGUUAAAGGUUGAUCUGUGGGCGUGUGAGGUCGGUGUGCGUGCGAUGGUGUUGAAGUUUGCGACGCAGUUGGUGUGCGCGCAGGGUGGCGCGUUCAUUGGAGCCGUAGUCGGGAAGUUGGUCGAGUCAUUUAACGCGCCUUUCGGACGCGAACAAUGGUGGAAAAUCGACGAAAGCGAUGAUGGGGGCGACGGGGCGGCUUUGGCGCACGUGCAAGCGGGAGAGGUCGUGAUCAGAGAUCUCACGCGGUGUUUAGGGAACAUUUUGAGGUUGGUACCGCAGAGCUCGCGAGCGGUGACACAUGCGCUGAGAGAGGGUGUUCCGCAUAAGAGCGCGCCGAAGGAAGUGCAGAUUGGAUUCAUUCGCGCAGCUUUGAUCUUAAUCGAGAGCGCGGAUGGCGUCGUGCUGCGGGAUGAUUUCUUAAAGGUCAUCGUCGGGCACCUGCUUGAGGUUGACGUGGAGAUCAAGUGGGACGAUGUCGUGGCGGGCGUGACGAGCGGCGAGCGAGGGGAUGGACACGAGGAAGAAGAGGACGACGACGCGAUAUUCGAGCUAGAUGACAUCGAGAAGUCAAUCGAGGAGCAGUGCCGUGCGGAAUGGGAGCAGAGACCGACGACUUCGGCGCCGCUUGCGGUGGACGAAGCCGCCGACACACUCGACGCACUCAUGGAGCUCACGUUAGCGCACGUCAAUAAGCGCAUGGACGACGGAGAGAUGAUGCUCGUGCGACGGGCGUUGAUGCACGCAUUCAAGGUCACGCUACUUCCCGCGCCGAGAUCAAAAUUCGUGCAAUUUUUAGUGUUUCAUAUGUGCUCUAGAGACGAACAGGCCUGUCGAGAGUUGACAGAGGAACUCUUCACGACACUUACCGAUGUUUCCGCGGCGGGAUCGCUUCGACUCGCCGCGGCGGCGUAUUUCGCCUCGUUUCUGGCUCGCGCGAAGCAUCUCACGCCGGAUUUCGUGUGCGACAUGCUGAAGCGCUUAGUGGAUUGGUGCGCGUCGCACGUGAAGCAAAAGACUACGCCGGGAAGCGCCGCGCUGAGUGGGGCGCAGGAAAAGACAGUGGUGGGUAUGCCGCCGCCGGAACCGCACCAGACGUUAGCCGUAUUUGAUAGCGCGUGCCAAGCGAUGAUGUACGUGUUGUGCUACCGCGCCGAGGACAUCCUUCACACAGAAGGUUCCGCCGCAAUGACCCUGCGGACAUUGCCUCUGUGCGAGGUUUUGUACUCGCACUUGCGACCGCUGCACACAUGCUUGCCGUCCGUCGUGACGGAGUUCCUCCAUCGAGCCGUCGCUGCUGGUAUGCAUGGUUUCACUGGUGAUCUUCUUCGAGAGCACAUGGAUCGCGUCGCGACAGGACGCGAGACGGAUGUGUCUUCCAUGCAACCUCUCUCGAGACAACCGUCGAUGGAGUUCACGAGCAAGCAAGUAUCGACGACGUCUCGCAACCGGUUCCCACUUCGAAUGUUCUUUCCGUUCGAUCCGUACUUACUCAGACGCAGUGCCGAGCUGCUACGGUUACACGAAACGUACGUGUUUUGGACUGGAAGUGAGGCAGACAGACCGGUGGGGAGCGAAGACGACGAUAUGCAGCUCUCGAGCCAAUCCGAAUCCGAGUCCGAAUCAUCGUCAGAAGAGGACGACCCACUGAACGCUUCGUUGAGCAGCCGAUCCGGGGUGAGCGAUCAGGCUAGGAGUUUUGGCGUUGGCUCGCUGAAUACUCGACCGCGAAAGAAACUGUUCCUGGGACUGAGGCAGCCGAGACCGUUGUUUGGUCGCCGCGACGGUUCACCGCACUCGCCAAAAGGCGCGAGUGGUCCGUCACCAUCACCGGGAGCCGCCAAUGGGUUCGCCGCUAUGGCCGCGCGAUACCGCCAAAGAGGUGGAGGGGGCGAUCCGGAAAGUGUUAGUCCGCACGAGUUUCCGCCACCGCGGAACAUCGCAAAGGUCAGCACUCCGCCGAGAGUGACCUCGUUCCGCGUCAAGGAGCGAGAAAGUUAG